UAACAUCCUGAGGAGGUGUCCAGGACCCGUAUCUGGUUCAACAAUCAUUUCACCAAAAGAUGCCUGGGAGUUGUUCAUUAGUGAUAACAUCAUAGAGGAGGUUUUAAGAUGCACUAACUUAGAGGGACGCAGAGCCGCAGCAGCAAAAGGAAAAGAGUGGAGAUGCCUCGACAAAGUGGAAUUCAUGGCAUUUAUUGGUUUGACCCUCCUUGCAGGGGGGGACAAGAGCUGGGAUGUGGCCUUGCGGGAGCUCUUUCUGGAUCCCCUGCAAAAUCCGAUGUAUAAGGCCACCAUGGGGUUCCACAGAUAUGAGGAUAUCCGCCGCCUCAUACGGUUUGAUGAUAAGAGGACUAGGGCUGUUAGACUGGAAACAGACCACAUGGCUGCAUUCAGAUAUGUGUGGGACUGUUUCCUGGCCAAUUGCAAGAAAGUGUUCGUCCCCAGUGAUUGUGUCACUAUAGAUGAGCAGCUUGUGCCAUUCCGUGGAAGGUGCAAGUUCUUACAAUACAUGCCAAGCAAGCCAGCAAAAUAUGGGAUCAAAAUCUUUUGGAUGUGCGAUGCAAGGGUCCAUUAUGCAUUCAAUGGCAUGAUCUAUACAGGGCGACAGCCAGGAGAGGAUGUUCAGAGGAACCUUGGCGAGAAUAUUGUCCAACAGUUGUCCAGCGGAAUAAGACACACAGGUCGCAACAUAACCAUGGAUAACUUCUUUACCAGCAUUCCUUUGGCUGAGAAGCUCCUAGAGAAGAACCUUACGCUUGUGGGGACUCUUCGCCAGAACAAGCCAGACAUACCACCUGUCAUGAAGCCAAACAAACUGAGAGAGAAGUACAGCUCCAAAUUUGGAUUCUGUGGCAACAUGACAAUGGUGAGCUAUGUCCCGAAAAAGGGGAAGGCUGUUGUGCUGCUAAGCACAAUGCAUGAUGACACAGCAGUGGAUGACCAGAGUAUUAAGAGGAAGCCAGAAGUGAUCCAAUAUUACAACCACACAAAAUCAGGAGUGGACACAAUGGAUCAAAUGGUUCGCACGUACACCUGCAAGCGGAGAACACGGAGGUGGCCCAUGGUGCUCUGGCACAAUGUGCUGGAUGUUGCCACCCUCAACGCCUUCACCAGCUACACUGCACAACACCCUGGUUACAUGGGUGGUGUGACUAAUGCACGGCGGCUCUUCAUAAAGGAGCUGGGCAAAGAGCUGGUCAUGCCACACAUGAGGAGACGCAUGGAGGGCACGUCCCACCUCCAAACCCAUAUUACAGAGGCAAUGGAAUGA